AGAGAAAGAGAGAGAGAGAGCAGAGUUCUUCAGUCCAUGGCUUCCUUAGCUUCAACCACCACACUUAUCUCUUCAUCUAGCGUUCUUCUUCCCUCAAAGCCUUCUCCUUUUUCUCCCGCCGCCUCCUUCCUCCGAACUCUUCCUUCUACCUCCGUAUCUACCUCCUCUUCUCUCCGCUCCUGUUUCUCCAGCAUCAGUCCCCUCACCUGCAUCCGCUCUUCCUCUCGCCCUAGCUUCGCCGUCAAGGCCCAGGCCAAUGAUUUGCCACUGGUUGGUAACAAGGCGCCUGAUUUUGAGGCAGAGGCUGUUUUUGAUCAAGAGUUCAUCAAGGUGAAGCUCUCAGAGUACAUUGGUAAAAAGUAUGUGAUUCUGUUUCUCUACCCUUUGGACUUCACUUUUGUCUGCCCUACAGAGAUUACUGCCUUUAGUGACCGUUAUGAAGAAUUUGAGAAGCUAAACACGGAAGUGUUAGGUGUCUCAGUCGACAGUGUGUUCUCGCAUCUUGCGUGGGUCCAAACAGAGAGAAAGUCAGGAGGGCUCGGUGAUCUGAACUACCCACUUGUCUCUGAUAUCACUAAAUCCAUUUCAAAAUCUUUUGGAGUGCUCAUCCCUGAUCAGGGCAUUGCACUGAGAGGGCUUUUCAUCAUCGACAAAAAAGGAGUCAUACAGCAUUCCACCAUCAACAACCUCGGUAUUGGCCGAAGCGUUGAUGAGACAAUGAGAACCCUCCAGGCAUUACAGUAUGUUCAAGAAAACCCUGAUGAGGUCUGCCCCGCGGGGUGGAAGCCUGGGGAGAAAUCGAUGAAGCCUGACCCCAAGCUGAGCAAAGAGUAUUUUUCAGCUAUUUAAAGGCUUUUUAAACAAAUGAUUGGUGAAAAGCAGAGGCAUGUUUUGUCUUCAUUGCUUAUGUUUCUGCUAUGUGUGUUUUCCUCAAAAUUGAAUAAAAAUAAUGGAAUUUA